UGGUCAAUAAUCGGAAAUAUAGCGUAUGUUGUUAGAUUCCACGGAUAUUUAUAUUACUCUGUACAAAUUAAAUGACAUUAUAUUAUUAUUUCGGUAGUUCUGUAGGUAUCUUUCUAUGCAAGAGUUGAAAAAGUUCUUUGAUACAGGCAAGAUUAGCGCGUGGCAAAUUGCUAAAUACGCAUGCGCGACCACGUACAAUAUUUGGUGGACAACACAACUGCCAACAAACACUUCAGUGCCUUUUUACUAUAUAGUAUUGUUAAGUGUCCGUUUGUUUACUGCAUUUAUUUCGUUAUGUCGUCCAGCGGUUGGGAAUUAGUUGGAAGAAACAAAAAGGAUAAAAACAACGGGAAGAACAAUAAACUUACAAAGGCCGAAAAGAAGAAAUUUAUCGAAAAUGCUCCAAAAGUGGAAGACUUUCUACCCUUGAGUCAAGUGAAGACUUUAUAUGAUACUUUGGAUAAUAAUAAAGAAAACAAGAAACCACCAAAGGAAAAAGAGAACAAAACAAAAGAGUAUGAUGAAAAAAAGAAACAACAAAAGCAGCAGCAAGCAGACAAAAAGAAACAAGAACCUAAAGAAAAAGUUCCAAAAACAAUAAAUGAUGCAUUAAAUAUGAUAGAUCCAAAUGAGCUCUCAACUGUUUUGACCAAUGAUCAAAUCAGGUUUCCAGAGGCUCCGCUGAUUUGGUUGAAAGAUCUUGCUGCAUAUCUCAAUUUAAAAAUACCCCUUGACAAAGAAGAUACAAUCUUCUCAGGGAAACCUAAAGAUUAUCCACUGAGUAUAGUACCUAAACCAAUUUCCUCUAUUCUAGAAAAAGCCAUUCAAAUGGCUGGAGAACAAACAUCACAACUGUUUUAUGAAAAUACUCUUACUGCAAUGGCUACAGACAUGGUGAAAGGAUCACCUGUUGUGGGUCACAAAGUACUUUUGCAACUGUUAGCACGUAUUAAUCCUGAAAUGACUAUUGCUAAUAUUGGUAAACUGAUUACCGUGAGAAAUUCAUACCAAAAUAGGAAAACAAUUGGCUUGUCUUUACUGUGGGCUUUAUCUCAAGCUGGUAGAAAAAAUUUAAGUGUAGGACUAAAAAUGUGGCACGAAGUAAUGUCUCCCAUGUUGGAGGCAAAGAAUUACUCCAGUUAUGUAUCACAAAUUUUCAGUGAUCUUGUUUUUGAGCAUGAAAACGUUAGUGAUCUUAAACCAGAACUUUAUCUUGAUAUUAUUGAUGAUACAUGUUCUGGAAAGCUUAACAUUCCUGCCAUUGUAGGCAGAGAAGUCAAUAAUAGCAUUGAAAGAUUGAGAUUAAUAUUGUUCCAAAACAAAAAUAUAAAUUAUGCAAAGCUAUUUGAAUUGUUAAUAGGACAAAUUACACAGAAAGUACAUGCAAAUUACAGAGACGAACUAAUUAAAGCUCUUGUAGCCUGCUUGGUUACAGAUCCCCUUUGUUUUUCUGUUUGGAGAUCACUUUACAUAAAAAAUUUAUACCAGUCUCAGCUUCUAUUGACAUGCAUUGAUAUCAAAUGGAACAUUUUACAUAAAACUAUGAAAACAAAGUGCUUGAAAGAAAUAUGCACAGUAUUUCAAACAACAGAUGAGAGAUGGAGAAAGAGUAAAGAUGAAGGUCUUGCUAAUAGUUGCAGUAAAAUAUGCAAGGUUUUGUUGCUAAAAAUGACAGCUUCAUCCAAUAAGAAAUUUCCCUGGAGGAAGGGAAUUAUUUUAUUAUUACUUCUGACUGGUGCUUUUAUAGGUUACGAUGUUUAUGAUCAUGGUCAUUUUAAAGGUUCUAAUACAAAUAAGCUUUUGCACAGAAGUGGAUUAUGCGAGUAUGGACAAAAGGCAUGGACCAUAGUGCAAGAUUAUUCUUCUAAAGCACUUGAGUUUAUUGAAGCUAAUUCUCCAGAAUACUAUAAAGCAACUGUUGAAACGUGUAAACCUUAUAUUAAAUUGUCCAGAGAUAUUUAUAUUGUAAUGAGAAAUAUCUCUAUUAAAAUGUAUGAUAAUGCUGUAGCAUAUGCUGGAAAGAAUGGCCCUGUGGUAUUACAAACAAUUGAGCAUUAUGUUCCUGGGAUGUUGGAUGAAAUCCGUUUAAGAAGUAAUCAGGGAUUGGAACUAGUGAAAGUUUAUUCUAGCAUUUGUGCAGAGAAAUUUAUCGAACACUUUAGUACAAUGCUAAAGUGGCUAGAACACAAUGUGUUUGUUGGGAAGCUAAGUCCAGAAAAUUUACAAAAUUAUGCUUCAAAGGCUAUUGAUACCACACAAACAUUAGCGAGUCAAACUUAUGAUUGGGUGUACGAAAAGGUGCAAACAUUAUCAAAAGUACCAUGAAUGAAAUUCAUUGGACGUUUUAACCGAUUUCUUCGGCGAUAAAAAUCUCCUCCUGCUCUCAGCAUUUACUUUUAUGAUUCCAAUGUCGAAACACAGUAUAUUUCCAUAUGUAUUGCGGCGGCCAUCUUACCUGUGAUAUUUGAAGAAUGUAUCAUAUGAUUCCAAUGAAUUAAGACAGUUUGAAAAGUUGGAAAUUCUAUCAAAGUGUCAGUCCUUUCUUUAUGUUGAUAUUUAUAUCAAGCAAAAUAACUAUCAAAGUAAUAUAUAAACUAUCUGAUUUAGGAUCAAAUUUAAACCUG